AUGAGUGAAGACAAGACCCCCACUGACAUCAUUGUGCAGGAACUGGAGGAUCUCGAAAAGAAAGAUUUUAAAAAAUUUAAACACAAAUUAUCUGAUUUUCGCUAUGAGGGGACGAAACGUAAAAUCCCCCGGGGCAAGCUGGAGAAUGCCGACGAAAUGGACGUGGCCAGUCUCCUGAUAGAGUUCUAUGGCGAAGACAGUGCAGUGAACGUAGCGAUCGAAAUCUUCACCAAGAUCGGUCUGAAAAACUCUGCCGUGAAACUCCAAGAGGAAAAAGAGACAGUAGAUUACAGACCAAAGUAUAAGGAACAUAUACGAGAAAAAUACCAACUAAUAGAAGAGAGGAACAAUCAAAUUGGAGAGUGUGUGGAACUAAACACAAGAUACACAAAGCUGUUGAUUGUAAAGGAACAUCGUGACCAGAAGGAGAGAAAGCACGAAAUAAGAGCCAAAGGGAAAGAGCAUGCAGAAAUCAUGGCAAAGCGAGCUAGUUCUACUAAACUGGAGACUUUAUUCGAUGCAAGUGGAAACAGGCAAACACCACUGAGAACCUUUGUGCUGCAGGGAGCUGCUGGGAUUGGAAAAACAAUGUUAGCCAAGAAGCUCAUGGUAGACUGGGCAUUUGGAAAACUCUAUCCCGGCAAGUUUGAUUACAUCUUCUACAUCAAUAGCAGGGAAAUGAACUGUAUUUCUGAGCGUCGAAGUGUCGCGGAUCUGAUUUUAAACAAUUGUCCUGACAGAAACGCACCCAUCAAAGAUAUUUUGGUGAAUCCAGAGAAGCUUUUGUUCAUAAUUGAUGGUUUUGAUGUACUUAAAUUUUCCUUUGAUCAGCAAGAAAGUAGCCUGUGCACUGAUCCCUGUCAGACAAAGCCAGUGGAAAUCAUACUGAGCAGUUUAUUAAGGAAAACAAUUCUUCCAAAAUCCUACUUAAUAAUCACUACCAGACCAACUGCUCUGGAUAAACUCCGGCAGUGUCUGAAGUUUCCCCAUAUUGCAACAAUCCUGGGAUUCUCUGAAGAGGACAGGAAGGAGUAUUUCUGCAAAUUCUUUGCAAAUGCCAUCCAAGCAAAACAAGCUCUAGAUUUUGUAAAAGAGAAUGAAAUGCUCUUCACCAUGUGUUUUGCUCCCAUCGUGUGCUGGAUCCUGUGCACGGUGAUGAAACAACAGAUGGAGAGCGGAGAAGAUCUAGCCAAAAGCUCAAAAACAACCACCUCAGUAUACAUGCUCUUUCUGUCCAGUUUAUUAGAUAACCAUUCCACUUCAAAGGAAUCCGUGCACACUGACUUGAAGAAGCUAUGCUCCCUCGCUGCAGAUGGGAUCUUGAACAAUAAAAUACUCUUUGAAGAAGAAGAUGCAAGGAAGCAUGGUUUGGAUGGAUCUGACAUUCAGUCCCUCUUUCUCACUAAGAAUAUUUUCCAAAAAGAUAUCGGCUUUGAAAGCAUCUACAGCUUCAUUCACUUAAGUUUCCAAGAGUUCUUUGCAGCUUUGUUCUAUCUUUUGGUGGAAGAUGAAGAAAAAGGGUGUGAUUCAGUGACUCUGAAGAAAGAUGUGAAUGAAAUUUUGAAAAAUUAUGGAAAAUCUAGAGAUAAUUCUUUAACCUUGACAGUACGUUUCCUGUUUGGUCUCUUAAACAAAGAGAGAAUGAAUCACACAGAAAAAAUCUUUGGCUGUAAAAUUUCACCUGAAAUUAAACAGGAUUUAUUGAAGUGGUUUGGAUCUGUAGCAAAAAGAAGCUGUGGUCUGACCUUCAGAUCCCUCCAGGAAAAACGAUUCCAGCUUGAGUUGCUUCACUGUUUGUAUGAAAUUCAGGAAGAAGAGUUUGUCAAAAGUGCAAUGGAUCAUUUCCAAGAAAUUGGACUGAGCAAUAUUAACUUUACAAAAAUUGACCACAUGGUUCUUUCAUUCUGCAUAAAGAAUUGUCGUAAUGAGCAGUCACUCUCUCUGAAUGAUUGUACAUUUGGACUGGAAGAGCAGGAGGAAAGACAAGAGUCAGUGCUACGAAAGGAGUUGGCGGAGAAGGAGCCAAAAUAUUCCCCACCUCAUCUUUUGUGUCAAGCACUGAAGGAUCUAGAGUGUAAACUAAAGAAAAUAUCCUUAGGCUGCUGCCGUCUCACCUCGGCUUGUUGUGAGGAUCUCGCCUCUGCUCUCAAGACAAACCAGUCCUUGAAAGAGCUGGACCUGAGCGGUAACAAACUGGGGGAAACAGGGAUUAAAUUGCUCUGUAAGGGACUGAAACAUCAAAACUGCGGUGUUCAGAAACUGGGGCUGAGGGGUCGCAGUCUCACUGCUACUUCCUUGGGCGAUCUCGCCUCUGUGCUCACUAAAAACCAGAGCCUGACAGAGCUGGACCUGAGCUAUAGUAAAUGGGGAGAUUUAGGAGUGAAGCUGCUGUACAAAGCACUGAAGCAUCCAAACUGUAAACUACAGAAAAUAAAGCUGGAGUGUUGCCUUCUCACAGCUGCUUGUUGUGAUGACCUUGCCUCUGUUCUCACUACCAACCAGACCCUGACGGAGCUGGACCUGAGAAAUAAUGAGCUGAGGGAUUCUGGAGUGAAACAUCUGUGUGCCGGACUGAAACGAGAGAACUGUAAAAUACAGAAGCUCGUGCUGUCGAACUGUUAUUUCACAGGAGUUUGUUGUGGGGCUUUCUCUGCCGUUCUCAGUAAAAGCCAGUCCCUGAGAGAGCUGGACGUGUGCUAUAAUAAACUGGGAGAUGCAGGAAUGAAGCUGCUGUGUGAUGGGCUGAGACAGCCAGACUGCAAACUACAGAAACUAAGGCUGACUGGGUGUGGUCUGACACCUGCUUGUUGUGAAGAUCUCUCUGUUGUCAUAACUACAAACCAGUCACUGACAGAGCUGAAUAUCAAUCAUGAUGCGCUGGGAGAUUCGGGAAUGAAACGACUGCAUGAUGGACUGAACAGCACAAGCUGUAAGCUGCAGAUGCUAAUCUUGAAUGGAGAAGCUAUUAAGAGAGAUGGAGAUGGCAAGGGUGAUGAAGAGGGCUAUAAUGGUGAUGAAGACUGCAAUGGUGAUGACGGGUAUAGUGGCGAUGAAGACUACAAUCCUGAAGAUCAUCUCUGA